AUGUUCUCCGGUGGUCGCAAAGUCAAAUGGAACCAUUUUGGCAAGAAAUAUGCUCUCCGAUUUUCGGAUUACGAGAUGGAGUACGCCGAUUUGUAUGAUGUCCUGCUCAAAAAAGUGCACGAGGUCCGCGCGGAUUUCGAAGGCGACCUCGCUUUCAUCGACCAAUACGGUCGUCAAGUCAUCGUUCAAUCCGAUAAGGACGUUCGUGAAGCUAUUCAACAAUCCAAAAACAAACUGAAAUUGCACACAACUCUUCGCGAUGGACACGUCAUCGCCGCGGCCGAUAUGGCCGAGGCGGCCCGUGGCGGUCGGCCGGCCAGAUCACAAUCUGUUCCACCGGAGCGCUCCUACAACACCUAUCCACAACGUUCUCCAUCGUCGAUGGAUUCCGCUCCAGACACCUAUCGCCAUCAUCCACAUCAGAUGGCACGUGCCAUGUCGCCACCGCCAAUGUCCACCACCACCGGCACCACACAUUCUCCACCAUUGCGUCAAAUCGGAGAAACCGUCAAGACUACCUACAGCCAUAGUGGAAGCUAUGGGGGAUUGUACCCGUCCUACAAGGGAUACCCAUAUGGUGGCUACUCGAACAGCAUUCUCUACGGAAUGCCACCACACAAUGGAAUGCUCUGGAGAUUCCUCGCCAACCCAUUCCCAUUCGGUCAUACACAAUCUUCUCGCUCAUUCAUCGGACCCAACAAAUACCAUCACUUCGGUGGAUACAACCACAUGUAUUCUUCUGGAUUCGGUGGACCAGUUUGGUGA